CUGGGCUGCUGCUGCAUGCACACAAACAUGGCGGAACCCAUGGAGCUGCUCUGCUGGGGAGGCGACUGGGAUCUGCCAUCCGUGCACUCAGACUCCCUCAUCGUGCUGUUUUGGAGAGACGUGUCCUGGGAUCCGGAUAGCAGUGUUCAGAGUCACUUUGAUAAAUAAAAGUCUCUGUACACUAUAUAUGCGCCAGUUCAGUUGUCAGCUGAUGCUUCCUGUUACCGUAGCUGUCAUGCAAAAGCAGCUCGACUGAAUUGCAUUGCAUUGGUUUGUCUGGAUGAUAAAUGUAAGCUGAUAUGUGUCGCACUGCUCCGGGCUUUAUUUCUUGAAGGUCAGAUGAAUAAUGCUGAUAGGAUCUUAAGGGCAUAUGCGAAAUUUUCAGGUGCAAAGCUUGCAGUAAAGUCUAUUGACUGGACAUGGAGGACUAUAACAGCAUCUGUGCCACAGCUACACUAUGAGGGAUCCACGGUCACAGAACCAGCACAAAUUCUAAACUUCCUACGAAAGCAGAGAUUCAAUGCCGACUAUGAGUUGACGGCUAAGCAAGGUGCAGAUACAAUGGCUUAUAUCGCCCUCCUGGAGGAAAAGCUGCGGCCAGCACUGCUGCACACAUUCUGGGUGGAUGCUGAGAACUAUGUUAACCUGACCCGACCCUGGUUUACGUCACAUUCCCCGUUCCCCCUCAACUUCUUUGUGCCGGGUCGACAGGCCAGCUUGGCACUGUCCCGCAUCUUACUGACCAAAGCAGAGUCGCCAUUGCUGAACAUCACAGAAGUAGAGGGAAAGAUCUACAGUGAAGCCAAAGAGUGCCUGAAUUUGCUUUCCCACAGACUUGGGAACUUCCACUUCUUCUUUGGAGACACGCCUACAAGCCUGGACGCCUUUGUUUUUGGCCAUAUCGCCCCUCUUAUUAAAGCCCCUCUUCCCAGUGGGCAGCUUCAGAAGCACCUGAACCAACUUGAUAACCUCUGCCAGUUCUGCAACACCAUCCUUAAAAACUACUUUACAGACGCCUCUGCUGAGAAGAGAAUGGACUGCUCUCUGACGGCUCCCCAUGAUCCUGUCGAUGCAAACCUCCAGAAACUGACACAGCUUGUUAACAAAGAGUCCAACCUUAUUGAAAAGAUGGAUGACAAUCUUCGCAGCAGUCCGCAGCACAGACAUGAGACCAAACCCUCGGCCCGGGCCAGCGAGAGAAACUCACCCCUUCUAUCUAAGCACUGACUUUUACAUAAUUUACUUAUUUUCCAUUGUAAUGAAAGUUGAAAUUGAAAUAAUCUUCAAAUCAUAUUUAUUAUUUAACAUACUGAUGCGGUCAUUAUAAAUUCAUACUAGUUUUUCACGAUGAAGUUGCUGAAAUGUUGGUUUGAGUGUUCGAUUUUGUAACACAACAACAUAAAGGGCUUGUUAAAUGGGCAUUCUUCAUCUGUUGUAUUUAAGAAUCAUUAGCACAUUUGGCAACUACGUUUAAAAAGGGAAAUGCUUUAUAGUAGCCUAAUUGCAACACUGAGCUGACAAUUGAUGACUUCAGAUACAAAUGCUAUAGUUUAAAAGAGAAGUGUGUUCCAGUUGAGUUGCAUUGUCCUUGAUCAGUCUUCCUGGCGGUCAUUGGCUUUUCACACAUUAUUGUAUAUGGAACUUGCACAUGCACAAGCUGGCUUUCCAAAUGAAAAAGGUUUUGUGUUUACUUUAUGGUGAUUUAUUUAAUUUUUAAAUCCUGUCCAAACACAAUUACAGGUAUAUUAUACAAUUUAUGGUUUAUAUACUAGGUAUUCAGCUUUUAUUCCAUGGUUUCAUCAUAGAGUUGUUUAUAAUAAACAAAUUAGGAGUUUAAAAUUCUACAUGUAUAAGGUUUAUAACAGUUUUUAUUUAAGUGCACAUGGUAGAUUAACUAUCAGUACUGCAUAUUGUGCAUUACAGCAUACAUCUCUCUUAUUUGAUUUGAUCUUUCCACUGAUUUCACUUGACUUUGUAACUUUCCCCAUUCUUGACUUUUGGUGCAAAGGGAUCUUGACAUCUGAUUUUGUGUACUGUGUAUACAUUUAUUGUUUUUCAUAUUCCUCUGGAGGUUUUAUACAUGCAAGGAAUGCCUUAAAAGUCCAGUGCUGUGCCAUGCCAUCACACCUGACUUUAUUUUUGAUUUAAUCGGUCAUUCAUUGUGUUUUUAAGAAAUUGUACAUUUCAAAAUAUAUCAAUGUAUAGCAAUGUUCAAAUAUAUGUAAAUAUAUGCAAUAAAGUGAAGUUCUUUGAAA